AUGGCGGAACCCACAAAAGCCCCACCGGCAGCUGCCCAAGUCGACGAGAAGGGUGACAUCUCGGUCCAGCAUUACGAUAAUGUCGAUAUCUCUAAUAAAGCUCUCAAUGAGGGUGCUAAACAGGCCACUGCUGCUGAGCAUAACCUGACCUUUCUCCAAGCCAUUAAGACGUAUAGACGGGCGGCUAUUUGGUCCGUUCUAAUUUCUACUACGGUCAUUAUGGAAGGUUACGACGUUACACUUCUUGGUUCUUUCUUCGGCUAUCCUGAAUUCCAAAAGAAAUAUGGCUAUUUGACCGAGAAGGACGGCUACCAGAUUAGCGCAAACUGGAUGUCAAAUCUAAACGUUAUCGCUGCCGUCGGUAACAUCAUUGGUGCCUUGCUCAACGGUUACCUUACUGCGAAGUUUGGACACAGAAUUGUUUUGAUUGCCAGCUUGGCUCUCUUGACUGGUUUCAUCUUCAUUGUUUUCUUCGCCCAAAGCAUCGAGAUAAUGUUCGUCGGUACACUCUUUUGCAAUAUCCCAUGGGGUGUUUUCGCUACGUCUGGCCCCGCCUAUGCAGCUGAAGUUGCUCCAUUGGCACUCCGUGGAUAUUUGACCGCAUACGUCAAUCUCUGCUGGUGCAUUGGUCAAUUCAUUUCUGCUGGCGUCCUUAAGGGCUUAGUCGACGUUCCCAACAAGUGGAGUUAUAAGGUGCCUUUCGCGAUCCAGUGGGUCUGGCCUAUCCCUCUUGCCAUAUUCGCAUACAUGGCUCCAGAAUCUCCAUGGUUCUUGGUUCGAGUCGGUAAACUCGACGAGGCCAAGAAGUCCCUCAUGCGGCUAUCUCAACCCGAGCACGAUAUCGAUUAUGAUGCCCACAUUGCUCUUAUGGUCCAUACCAACAAGCUCGAGAAAGAGGAGCGAAAGGGUGUGAACUAUUAUGAUGCUUUCCGUGGCACCAAUCGUCGUCGUACCGAAAUUGCCUGCAUGGCCUUCUUGCCCCAGAUUACCAAUGGCGGUGCUCUCUGCUACUCCGGAUCUUUCUUCUUCCAGCAAACCGGUAUCAACGCAUCGACAUCUUACGGUAUUGCCCUUGGCGGUACCGGCAUUGCAUUCGUUGGAACUAUCAUCUCCUGGUUCUACCUGAGCAGAUGGGGUCGUCGAACAAUCUGGUUCACUGGCUUCUCAUUCCUAGUCGUUAUUCUCUUCCUCAUCGGUGUUCUCGCCAGCGUUCCAAAUCAGACCAAGGCUCUCGCUUGGGGUCAAUCUUUGCUCACUGUAGUCUGGCUCGGCGCUUACUCUAUGUCUGUUGGCCCGAUUGUCUACACUAUCGUUGCUGAAAUUGGUUCUACUCGUCUCAGAACCCAAACCGUUGUGCUUGCCCGUAGCACAUACUACGUCGGUAACAUCAUUUGCGGUGGUCUCAUCCAACCUAGAUUACUGUCUCCAACAUUCUGGGACGCAAAGGGCAAGACUGCGUGGUUCUGGUUCGUUCUUGCAUUCUUCACAAAUGUUUGGGGAUACUACAGACUUCCGGAAACCAAGGACCGUACUUUCGAGGAGUUGGACAUCUUGUUCCAGAAGGGCGUCCCAGCUAGGGAGUUUGCUUCAUACCAGAUUGAUCGCGACGAGGAGUUUUCUCAGCACUAA